AUGAGAACCGCGUUCUCAAGCUUAUUGCCCGCCCUGCUGUUACUACAGCAGACAUGUGCAGCAGGGCCCAACCAAGCGCCGCUAGGCGAGUCAGCGCCAAGUAACCCCGAUGAGAAGCCAACCGAACCGUUAGAUGGCACUGCAGAACCAGAGCCUUACCAAAUUAGCCAAAGAGUACAGGAGGCGUGGGAUACCCUCCGAACUGCGAAGCCUGCUAUCGUGCGUACGGAUAGGCCGACCGGGCUGCUUGGAAAUGCCCUUCACUAUGGCGGCGAAGUCUUCCGGCUUCUGUUUAUGAAUGGGCCCACCACCGAGAAAAGUGAUUCCAAAAUAAACCCGACCGUUGCGCGAGCUGUCAGAGAAUUGAAGGCUGCAGCUGAUGAGGAUGCGGACCCUGACGCGAUGUUCUUGCUGGCGGAGAUGAACUUCUACGGUAACUUUACCUACCCGCGCGACUUUGGCGAGGCCUUCCUAUGGUACAACGAACUGGCUUGGUUGAAUGGAAACAAUACAGCCCAGUCGAUGGUUGGCUUUAUGUAUGCGACGGGCAUCGGUGGUGCGGUUGAACGAGACCAAGCCCGGGCGCUGAUGUAUCACGAAUUCGCGGCGGAGACUGGCAAUACACGGUCUGAGAUGACCCUGGCAUACCGAUAUCACACCGGCAUUGGAACUCCCAAGGACUGCGAUCGUGCGACUGUAUACUACAAGAAAGUCGCUGAUAAGGCAAUCCAAUACCUCCGAUCUGGACCCCCAGGCGGCAAUUCCAUGAUCAAGGAGUCCUAUCGCUGGGCUGAUGAUGAAGGUGGUGUUUAUGGAGAAGGGGCCAGUGUGUCCAGUUCUGGGUAUAAUGCGCGGGACGCAUCGCACUCUAGUUCUGAUGCCAGCGUGGAAGACGUGCUGGAGUAUUUGGACCUCUUGUCUAAAAAAGGCGAGCUCAAGGCUACCUACACGCUGGCAAAGAUGAAUUAUGAGGGCGAGCGUGGUCUGCCUCGCAACUUCAAAAAGUCAAUGAGGUAUUUCAAGAUCGUUGCUAGGAAGUACUGGAACAGAGACGGGUCAAUCUCCCAGAAUGCACCUACAGGACUCGAUAAAUUAGCCGCCAAAGCUGCAGGCCAUAUUGGUCGAAUGUACUUGCGCGGCGAAGGUGUGGAGCAGAACUUUGGAACGGCCUUGACCUGGUUUAAGCGAGGUGUCGUAAACGCAGAUGCUUUGUGCCAGCAUCACAUGGGAUUGAUGUACCUUCACGGCUAUGGUGUCAAUCAGGAUGCGUAUAAGGCGUCUUCGUAUUUCACGGCGGCCGCUGAUCAGGACUUAGCUGCUUCCCAUGUCCGGCUGGGUGCACUUUUCCUUGACCAAGGAGAUAUACCAGCUGCCACUCGCUACUUUGAACUGGCGGCUCGAUUGGGCUGGAUGGAAGCGUUUUAUUAUUUGGCCGAAAUGGCCAACUUCGGCAUUGGGAGAAGCCGCCACUGUGGCGUUGCAGCGGCAUAUUACAAGCUCGUUGCCGAGAAGGCAGAGGUGCUACACUCGGCCUUCGCAGAAGCCAAUGAAGCGUAUGAGAACGGCGAUAAAGAGCGUGCUCUCAUUCCAUCGAUGAUGGCAGCUGAGCAAGGCUACGAGAACGCCCAGGCAAAUGUUGCCUUCAUUCUAGAUGAGCAACGGUCGCUGUUCCCUUUGGAUGCUUUAUUGCCAUGGGGUCAGAAGAGUCGUUCAUCGCUGCUGCAUAACGCGGCACUUGCGCUGAUCUACUGGACCCGCUCAGCGAAACAAGCUAAUAUCGACUCAUUGAUCAAGAUGGGCGACUACUAUCUCAGCGGGACCGGUUCCAAAGUUGAUGCUGAGAAGGCAUCAAUUUGCUAUCAUAAUGCGGCGGAGGCUCAUCACAGUGCCCAGGCAUAUUGGAAUCUGGGCUGGAUGCAUGAGAACGGUGUCGCUGUAGCACAAGAUUUCCACAUGGCGAAGCGAUACUACGAUCUAGCUUUGGAGGCUAAUAAGGAAGCAUACCUCCCGGUCAAGCUCAGUCUACUCAAGCUACGAGCUCGGGGAUACUGGAACCAGCUCACUAAUGGAGAUAUCAAUCCAAUCCGCGACGACGAGGAUUCCAAACCCCCUCGCACAUUGAAAGAGUGGUACACUGCUUUCAUCAAAAAUGAUGCCGCGGCCUACUACGAAGAGUUCUAUGAUAGCCAUGCCGACGAGGAUGACUUCAUGGGAUCAAGGGGUCUAGAGUCAGAGCGCCAGGAUGAUGGGUACUAUGACGAUGUCGAGCUUGACAUUGACGAUGGGAUCCUGGAAGGCCUGAUUAUCGUGGGGCUGGCUGCUGCUCUCCUUGUUCUGGUGUAUCUUCGGCAGCAGCAGCAACGCAAUCGGCCCAACCAGGAUGCCAAUGCGAACGGGAACGCAAAUGGUGGCAAUGCCAAUGGGAACGGAAAUGCCAAUGAUAAUGUAGAUAAUGACCGUGGAUUCUUCCCUGACCCAAACGCCCCUGAGUUCGCCCAAUGGGUUGCCGGCGGGGUGGGACACUGA